AUGUCGGAUACCACCGCUUCAAAUUCACUGCCGGAGCUGCAAGCAGAUGCGACCCGUAGUUCAACCUUUGGUGCGAAUGCUAAUGGACGCCAAUACAUCGUCAAUGAUGGUACUAGCCACCUAACCAAACCGCUAAUCUCCACCAAGGGUUGGACCCUCGCACAGUUGGUCAAAAAAUCACCCGAUUUUCAUCCAGUGGACAGGGUCCAUUUUGACGAUCCGAUGCUGAUGCAGACAAUCCGGAUGCACGAAGAUUCUGGUACCCCGUUAAUCAUUGAAGGAUUUCAUGAACACGAGAGUUGGCCUGCUGAUCUGUUCACUUUGGAUUGGCUCAGUGAGCAUGGGAAACCAGGGGCAUCCGCACGUAACGUGCGCAACUGGGCUGAUUUCGACCUGCCCCUUUCCGAGCUCAUCCGUAAACUUCGUGCGACCCCAAUAUACGCUAGCGAAAAUGAAACCGAGCGACUGUAUGGCAAAGAUGCAGAAUGCCCGCAUGAGUGGGCCACUUGGCUAUCAACGUCUGGCGUACUUCCGAGCGAUCUUCUCCCUCACGGAACCAAUGAUUACCUCAAGCACCUUCCGAGUGAUGUACAGACUUUGAUGUGCUACCUCGGAGUAGGAGACACGUUUACUCCUUUCCACAAGGAUCUGUGUGCAUCCUCUGGCCAAAAUCUUAUGUGUUAUACUGAGAAUGGCGGGUCAUCUUUCUGGUUUAUGACAGAGAGUUCAGCUGCAUCAGCCAUGGCUGAAUUCUUCCACAAGAUGAACGAGGAAUUAGACUUUGAGACACAUGUCGUGACCCUGAAAGAGUUGGGGAAGUCGAAGCUUAAAAUCUACAUUGCGGAACAAAACCUCGGCGAUCUAGUGCUUGUUCCUCCAAGAAGCUGUCACCAAGUCAUCAAUAAUGGUGGUAUCACGAUGAAAACAUCCUGGUCGCGUAUGACUCUCAAGGGCUUGUCGAAUUCUCUCUAUCAUGAACUUCCUGUAUAUCAUCGUGUAUGCCGAUCGGAGACGUACAAGGUCAAGUUGAAUAUAUAUCGCGCCCUUCAAUAUCAAACACAGAUGCUUCGGGAACUUCAAGAACAGCAGACAAAUUCUCCUCACCCUGAUCGGUCAUCACCCACUCUAAACUUGAAUCUCGAGCGAGUCGCUGAUGAUCUCCAUCACUUACUUGAGUUGCUUGAUGAUGUCCUUGGGGAAGAAUACUCGCCGAAGCACCAACAUAUGCCGCAUGUUUCGCAAUCCGAUACGUGCCAUCAAACUGAUAUAACGUGCGACUUUUGCGGCGCAGACAUCUUCCAGAGUUUCUUUGAAUGCACGUCUUGUGCUCUCCAUUUACCUUCGGUCAAUGACGAGAUGAAGAUUGGAGAUGGUAUUGUGGUUUGUUCGCUUUGUUACGUCGAGGGUCGGGGUUGCAAUUGCGGGUCUAUGAAUCCAACUCAAUGCCAACCUUUCGGCGAUCUACUAAGAAUUCGCGAUGAGGCCCUGCAUGUCAUUCGAGCAAUAUGUCCUGACAUCGUGAAGGACUACGAGUGUCUAAUGGAGCAUUCAAAUUCCAUCAUAUCAGCACGUCACGUCGGUGUCUUCACAGCUGCCCUCGUCUUGUACGAACGACUGAAUAUGGAAGAGUCACUGCGCAUGUGCCUGUCAAAGCACCACGCUCCCCGAAGUUCUAUCAUCUACUGCGCACUCUGCCAUGUCGGACGAUGCAUGACUCAUAUAUUGGAGGGCUACCAUACGCAUUCUGCACCGGCACUCCUGAUGUCGGAUAGUACAGAAGGAUGGCACAGCUACCACAAGCAAUCCAAGGCAGCGUUCAAGGGAGGAUAUGCGCAAAUUCUGCACGACGAAGAGACUGGUGCACGCCCGGAUUUUCGCAUGAAGUUGGCAUACGUUGCAUCCAAAUUUCGUACAUGCAAGUCUGUCAACCCGAACGCAACUAUGCCGGGGUGGUACGAUAAAUGCAUAGAGCUAACCAGCGCGUCUGUUGCAUCAUCCCCGUUGAAGCAGGCAACCACUCAAUCUAGCUCCGAGGCAACGUUCGAUAGACCUCAGAAGCCUUCUUUGUCUACGGCAUCACUCUUUCGUAGGUCAGCAAGUUUUAGUGAUUUGACAUCGCUCCCAAGCGACUUUCAAGGUAGUUCACCGGGAAACCGUGCGGCUGGUGCUUUGGACAUUCAUGAAUCACUUUCCACAACUCAACAACAUCCAGGCGUACCACCUGCAAACACAAAGAAGCGAAGGUUUGUUCUGGACUUUGUAUCCGUUCCCCACCCUCCAUGUGAUGGGCCUUCAUCCAGUAUGUUCGACGAUACCACAAAACCUCAUAUCAGAUCUAUGUCAGAUGAAAAUGGCACAUUUCUGAGCAUGCGUUCGUCCACUCAACUUGACGCUUCUCCUCGAACCCGAGCGCGGGAUGUCAGCGAGGAGCAUGAGCAGCUUGAUGCCUCUGCCGGCGGUUCGAACGGUCGGCCUCCAAAGAAGCAGCGUGUUGGUCCCCCCGGGAACGGGCUCUCGAGCAAAGAGCCCCUGAGAGUAGAGAAACGCGCGUCAAACGGCAAAGUCUAUCUCACGAACAAACCUCAAUUUCCCAUUGAACUACUCCCAGAUUCUCACAAACCCUCCAAGAAAGCAGCAGGGAACAAAGCAACACCGAAUAAUGUUCCAUCAAUGGAUCAGGAACAGCUACGCCUGGCGCUGGCUGAAAAUGAAAAGCUGAGGGUUGCCAAUGCUGAAUUGAAGAAAGACAAGGCAAUACUGGAGAACGAGAUAUGUGCUCUGGCAAGACACAACGAGGAUCUGGUGACCAUGGCGACAAGCUUCCGAGCACAGUCCCGUAAGACGCGCAACCACCUUCUCGCCCUGGUUGGACAAGGCGUUGUCAAUCCUCCUUCCAUUUCCGCUCCUCCGGUUGGCAGACACCAGGAAGCAAUGCAUCGUCGAGGCUCUCUUACUGGCACUAUAUCCUACACAGAAGCACCUCACACUCAGCCACGUUUCCUCGCGCAAAUUAUGGACGGGGCUAUUCUACACACUCAAACUCAUGAGACAGACCACACUUUCCGUAUUGGACGUCGCUCUGUAGGUCGCUUUCCCCCCAUCCAAGACACGCUGCGCCAUGAGCUGGAGACGGGAGGGCCGCGUAAGGACACAGCACAGCAAUCCCGUACCCCAUCUGACGAGGAGAAUUAUCCACCCGAGAUGCUCGUCGCCGAGCCUACCCGAACUCAAAGCCAAGCUAGUGUUUCUGAUGAUGACGAAGGCAUUUUCCCCUCGCUUCUGGAAACCGAAACCUCCUCCGAUGACAUGGAUGGCUAA